AUGAGCCUCAGUUUUCUGGCAGGAGGGCUGCUUUAUCUGGCUGGAGGUGGCCACAGAAAGAAAGGAGGGAAUGAGAGUUUGCUUGACACACUUUGAAUGGGCCAGUUACCUGCUGAAUUUCUAAGGGGCGGAAGAGGCUGGCGGAAAUGUGUAUCGGAGGUGCCUGUUUCCUGAGCAAAGAUGAGGAGCAGCCUCUUGCGGAAGGGCCUGCAGACCUGGAACCGCCACGGAUGUCCCCAGGGCGUUUGGAUGAGAUGGACUCCCUGAGACCUGAGAAGGAGCAAUGGCACAAGAGUCAGCAUUGGUGCAUCCGCCUGAGGAGGGAGACACAUCACUGCACUGGGUUCAGGAAGAAGUUCACGUGCUGGCCAGACCAGUCCCAGCAGCAGUGUGUGCAGACAGGGACGCAGCCACAGCAUGGCACCAACUUUGGGAAGAGCUUAAGGCAGCCCUCCAACCUGGCCAAGCACUGGUGCGUGCACGCAAGGGACAAGCCACAUCAGUGCUCAGAGUGUGAGAAGAGCUUUAGAGAGGUCUGCAACUUCACCAGACCCCAGUUUAUCCAUACGGGAGUGAAGCUGCAUCAGUGCUCAGAGUGUGGGAAGACCUUCAACCAAUCCUCCAAACUGACUCAGCACCAGCUUAUUCACAGAGGGGUCCAGAGAAGUGAGGAGGUGCAUCGGGGAAAACCGCCCGAGUGGUUUGUCAGCCGUGCCUAUCUCCAGCUGGAGCCGGGUGACGUCAUGAAGAGAAGUCACCUGGCGAAGUUAAAAACCAGCCCCAGGAGCACAGGUGGGGGCGCGCUGAGUGCAGGAGGAGCGGCAGGGAACCGCCGAGUGGAGCACGUCCAUCUGCCGUGGCCAGCAUCGUUGCCGGCAGUGGAAGGUGCUGAGGAUCUCCGUGCUGGGGAAGACUGGUGAAGAUCAAAGGGGCCGGCAGCUGCAGGGGACAUGCUGGCUUAGGGGCAUUAGGAGCGAAGGGGGCACAGGACUCUCUCCGCGGUUGCCCCUCUUCACUUUGCUUUUCUUUUUUGUCUGGCACAAGGUUUUGGGUUCAGGACCUAGCUUUAUUCAGUACAUCACCCACACAUGAACAGCCAAGUCCAGAGAACUGGCCAGGUGUAGGCAUCCUUGAAACAUUGUUCAAUAUAUAUAUACUACUCACACAAAAGCAUUGGCUGAAGUCGACCUGAUUAGCAUGACCUUUCUGCUCCCAGUUUGAGGCUCCGUGGCCUGGUCAAGGUGUAGGAAGAGUAUUCCUGGGGACUCCUGCCCAGCUCCCCGCUGCCUCUGACCAAGUAAGAGAAAGUGCAGUGACGUCAGUCAGUAACAUGUCUUGUGAUGUCUCGCACACGUGCACCCAUGGGGUGUGCAGGGCCAGCAAUGCAGAGUGUAGCUCCCUGGUGACACGUGCUGCAGCACAGCCACCCUUGAGACCUGCACAGCCCCCAGGGCAGCUGGCACAUGGUAGAGGGAUCCCAACCCCAGUACUGCUCACUGCAAAACCUAAUGUGCUUUAGGUUAACAUGGUUUAAAUUUAAUACAAGUGCCACGGCUCCAUGAGAGUUUCAUACUUUGCUGUAAUUUUGUGGAGUAGGUGGCAGGGGGAGCCAGACACGACAUCAUCUAAUGACUGUUGGGAGUGAGUGUGAGAGUCAGGGAAUGGUGCAGUCUCAUUUGUUGUAAAUACAAAAAUAA